AUGAUUACAUUGUGGAUAGGUUUUAUACUAGGAUUUGUGUUUUUCCCUAUUCUUUAUGCUAUCAUCCCCGGAUUCUUUGGCAUACACAAGGCCAAGCACACAUUCUCUCGGACGAAAAGACCCAAUCUACCGAUAUCUCAAAAGCUAAAAGAAGAAAUAAAGAAAGGGUUGGUUCUAACGGAGAGCUUGGCUUGGGUAAACGUAGUCAUCCAAAGAAUAUAUUUCGAUAGCAUCCGAAAUUACAACUUUGAGCAUAAAAUAAGACAGAGUAUUAUGAGGAACUUUGCUUCUGUAAUGGGGGAGGGAUUGUUAAGGAGUGUGAAAAUAACGGGAUUGAAUUUUGGAUUUGAAGCUCCAUAUUUGAAGAGUAUCCGAUUGAUAACCUUGGAUGAGUACAAUAGAAUAUCAGAAAAUGGUAAAAGUGAUUUAAAAUUAUGUAACGAUGAGGUAGUCAGUAAGGACAUAAAACAGGGAAAUUCAAUAUACUCCAACAGGAUGAUAAAUUUUUCAUCAAUGUCAAAUAUCAACGACAAUAUUGAUGAAAAACUCAAUAUUAAAAGCUUGGAUGAUAUAUUGGAGGAUAAAGAGCAAUCUGAAAAUAAUAUAUUGCUAAAAUGCCCCGAGUUUGAUAAAGACUGUGGGCAUGGAGAAAUAUCAAGUAUAAAUGGACUACAAAGAGAAAUUCAAUUUGAAUUUAAUCAAAGCAAUCAUUUUGAUAAUAUCAAACAUCAGGAGAUUUACAGAAAUGUUACAUUAUUAGGAAAUCUCGAAUACAAUGGCGCUAUUCAAAUGAUGAUUGAAAUUGAAUUACCUAAAGGCAUUCAUGUGAACUCAAUAAUCACUUUGAAGAAGCUUCAGUCAGAUUUUCUCUUUAGAACGCCUGCUGUGGGAUACAACACAAGAUACGAGGUUACUUUGAUUAACUCACCUGAAAUAGAAAUUGAUGUAUGCUCAGGACUGGUUACUGGCGAUAGAAAACUGUACUUUCAAAACAGUAUAAGUAGCUUCUUAAGGAGGACUGCUUUUAAUUCAUUAAAAAGCAUGUUUUUCUAUCCUUCGUGGUUUCAGGCAAUAUCGCCGAUGGUUCCUUCUGGAAGAUCAUGCGAAUUUAUUCCUAGACAAAUAAUGAUGGACAAUAUCGAGGAAGCCGAAGCAGAAUUUGAAAAAAUUUUACUGAUAAUUAACUGUGAUUACAAAAUUUUAGACAUUAAAAAUGAUGUGGUCCAUAGAAAAACCUACUCAAUGAUAAAUAAUGUAGAUUAUGUCAAUUCAUGGUCUUUUAAACUGCCAAAAGGCACUGCAACUUCACAUAGAGACGGAUUUUCACUUUAUGAAGGAUUGAGUGUUUAUGAAUCAAAGGUUUUAUACUCAUUUGAGACUUUAGAGAUUUUCAAAUCAAUAUUAGCUAAUAUCAAAGAAGUGAAGGUUAUUCACAAAAAGAAAAGCAUUUCACUGAUUAGAAUUGUUAUGAAGAACUAUGAAUUAGAUCUUGUUCGGAUGGUAUACAAAAAUAGCCUUAUGUUUUUCAAAAAUGGUUCAAAAUACUCGGAAUUUUUGGCCUUUAAAAUUCAAGAUGAAGAGCUACAUCUUUUUUCAUUUUCCAAUAAAUCCUCUGAUCUUUUUAUUAACAGCAAACGAGUCAUAAAACUAAAAAAGGCUAUUGAAAAUCCAAGUGAACAGUCAAGGCUAAAUCAGUCAAUUACAGACUCGUUUUUACCCACGGAAACGUCAGAAGUUAGCGAUACAGAAAGUAAAAUUUUAGGUAUUGAAGAAUUAUUCAAGGAAGCAUUGAGCUCAGAAAUAGACUCAUUUAACAUAUUUGACAUAACAUUUCAGUUAAAAAAGAGUGUUUUGCAUAGGAUUCUCCUUGACGAUUCACUUAGAAUGAAGAAUUUUAAUGAGUCAGCAAAGAUUAUUAGCUCUCAAUAUCAAAGUGAGAAGAUCAGGUCCUUUGUAGUGGAAUAUCCAGUGAAUGAUGAGAAAGAAUGUGUCAAGAUUUAUAGCUUUUUUAGUAAAGGCUAUGUUAUUGAUCUUUGUCCAGAGAAAAGUGGUGUGUUUAUUCACAAUCUUAUAAAAGUUAAAUCCAAAAAGACUAAGGAAAAUGACACAAGGAAAUUUAACGAAGCCCCAAACAGUCUUGCCAUGGUCGAGUCUGACACCAAUGAAUUUGACAGCAGUCAAAAGCUAUUAAAAAGUAUAAAAAGUUCUAAAUUAGAAAAUAGUACAAAGCUUCACAUUCUGUACAAAUCACUUAGUACAGUUGUUUUUCCAAACUUCUUUAUUGAAGUAAUAAAGAUAAAAUCAAGUUUUCUUAAAUACUUUAAUCUAGCAGAUAAAAUAGAAUAUAAGCACUCUAGAAAUGAACUAAAAAUUGAAAGCUAUGUCAAGAAAGGCACAAUCUUCCUUCAGUUUAUGACAGAAAUAGAAGAUGAUUUUUCAUUGUCUAUUUUUAGCUGUAAAACUCAACUGAUAGUUUUUGAAAUAUACAAAAUUAUCAGCUCAAAGGAAUUUACUUUAAUAUAUCCAGUAGAUAACGAUUAUAUUAAGAUUGGCAUUGUUUCCAAGCAUCGAAAGAACAUUUCUAUUGAUUAUAAAUUUAUAAACUUUGAAUAUGAUAAGGAUAUUUACUUAAAUGGAAGAAUAGGACUCGAUAACAACCACAAAUUAAAAAUAAAAAUAGAGGGUACGCCUAGUCAUGUAAUAUUCUGGGAGAAAAACUUUGGAAUUCCACUAAAAUGCUAUAUCCAGGACAGCGAAGAAAAGAAUCUAAUAGGUGAGUGUGGUGUGUUACGGUCUGAAGACAGAGAGUACUUACUUGUAUUUAAAAAUAAAAAGGAGAAAAAAAGAAACAUAGACAUAUUUGCAGGAUUGGCAGAAUUUUAUUAG